AUGUCGCUCCUGCAGCGUGCCGCGGCCGGUUUCUUCAGGCAGAACCACUGGCCGAUCAAGAGCAGCGCACGAAGCUACCUCGUUGAUUGCUCGAAGGUCUAUGUGAAAGCAGACAGCUUCGGCGGGGCUGGUAGCUAUGCAGCCAUACCCAUCCGAAAAGGAGAACUGGUGGAGCGUGGCAUUGUUCGACGCUUGCCCGUGGAUGGGAAUCACUGUCCAUAUGUGUUCACUUGGAGCGAGGACAAGACCGUGUGGGCCAGCGGCAGUGGCUGCUCCGUGUUUUACAAUGCCUCGUUGGACGGCAAUGAGAGCACGGAGAUGAAAAGGUUUUUCGACGAGGAUCGAUUCGAAAUUUAUGCCCUACGUGACCUGCAACCGCACGAGGAGCUCACUCACCUUUACAAGAGUAUGGAGUGGAGGGCGUGCUUUCAGGAUCUGCGGCAGCCGGCGAACUCUUCAGAGGCAACUGUCGGUGCCUUGGAGCCAGGCGAGGAGAACCUGGUCGACUGUUCAAAAGUCGAGGUUCGUCCUGAUGAACAUGGUGGAGCCGGGGUUUUUGCAGUCGUGCCUAUCAAGUGUGGCGAGCUUGUGGAGCGCGGCAUCGUGCGGCGCCUGCCGGUGGAUGGUAACGUGAGCCCCUACGUCUUCACUUGGAGCGAAGACAAGACCGUGUGGGCCAGCGGCAGUGGCUGCUCCGUUUUCUACAAUGCGUCCCUCAGCGGGUCCGAAAACACAGAAGUGGUUCGCCAUUUUGACCAGGACCGCUUUGAGAUCAUCGCCCUUCGCGACAUCGAGCAAGGAGAAGAAUUGACGCACCUGUACAAAAGCAUCGAGUGGCGCAGCUGCUUCCGGGACCUGAAGGCACAGAGAGAUCGCAAAUAG